AUGGGAUUCUUUGAUUAUCAUCGUUGGAGUCACAUUCUUUUUCCACAUGGUUUUAUUUACACUGUUCUCACUGCGAUAUUAUUUGGUUUCGUUAUAUUAACUAUUAUCUUUGGCUCCUUAUGGCUAAAAUCUUAUCCACAUUCAAACACACCUUCUUCUAAUUCUACCAAUACUUCUGUUAAUCAAUAUGCAGUUGCUAAUGGUAUCAUUGGGUUUCCACCUCUUCUACCUAAUGAUGGUCGAUAUGUUCAAUGGACAUUCUUACAUAUGAAUGAUGUCUACGAAUUAUUACCACUUGAUCAAGGACAAAAAGGUGGUUUAGCUCGUGUUGCAUAUAUUAGACAAUUAUUAUUAAAUGAAAAUAAAAAUACAAUCACUUUUCUUGCUGGUGAUCUCGUUUCACCGUCUGCAUUAGGCACAGCUGUAGUAAAUGGUACAACACUAAAUGGUAAACAAAUGAUUGCAACAAUGAAUAUUCUUGGUCUUGAUUAUAUGACAUUUGGUAAUCAUGAAUUUGAUCUUACUAAAACUGAUUUACUUUCUCGAAUGAAUGAAUCAAAAUUUACAUGGAUAAGUUUAAAUGUAGUUGAUAAGAGUUCUAAUCAAUCAUUUGGAUCAAGUAUUACACAUAAAAUAAUUACGAUUGAUAAUGUGCGAAUUCUCAUCAUUGCAUAUACAAUUGAUGGAACUGGUGAUUAUAUUCGUUUUAUCAAUCAAUCAUCGUUAGUUAAUUAUACAAAAGAAUUUUUGAAAUCAUUUCCAAAUGGAUCAUAUGAUGUCCUUGUUGCUCUUACUCAUUUGGAUGUAUCGACAGAUAUUGAUCUUGUAUCAGAGAUUUCAGAAAUCGAUUUUAUUCUUGGUGGACAUGAGCAUGAAAAUACUUAUAUUAGAAGAGGAAAUAAAUUGAUACCAAUAUAUAAAGCUGAUAGUAAUGCUUUUACUGUUUAUGUCCAUCGUUGUGCAUAUAAUAUUGAUAGAAAACGAUUACGUAUAUAUAGUACAUUAGUUGAAGUAUCUUCAGAAGUACCUGAAGAAGAGAACACAGCAGCGGUUGCAAACUAUUGGUUUAACUUAGGUAUCAAAGGAUUCGAAGCAUUAGGUUUUCAACCAUUAGAAAUUGUUUCAUGUUUACCAGAUGGCAUCGAAUUAGAUGGUAAAUAUCAAUCGGUGACAACUUCUGUUACACUUUUAACUGAAGCAAUUUGUGAGGGUUUACUUCAGGUAACAGCAACAUAUGGAACAACAAUUGCACUUCUUAAUGGUGGUACCAUACGUAUCGAUGAUAUACUUCAAGGUACCAUUACACAAUAUGAUAUACUACGUACAUUACCAUUUCCAAAUAAGAUCGUUGCUCUUUCUGUUCCAGGUGAUGUACUAGCUCAAGUACUCUCUGAUGGUAUGUCAGUCAAAGGUACUGGUUUAUAUGUUGGUUACAUUGGUGUAGAAACAACAGAUCAAGGAUCUACAUGGUUAGUCAAUGGAGUAAAUGUUGCUACAAGUGGUCUCACUUAUAAAGUUGCAACAACAGUCUAUAUGAAAGAGAAUACUAAAUUAAAUAAUCCAACUGUAAAUAUUACACAACAGACUGAAGAAACACAAACUAAAGCUUUAAUUAGUUAUUUACAGAUAAAAUAUCCUCCUUGUUAA